GGCAGCGUAAGGAAGGCCAGUGCCCAGAAGCAGGAUGAGAAGAUGGCACACUUCUUGCUACCCCGGGGCACCAGCAGCUUCCGCAGGCUCACCCCGGAGUCUCUGGCGGCCAUCGAGAAGCGCGCAGCGGAGAAGCAGGCCCGCAGCGCGGCCGCUGCACAGGAGAGCCGAGACGGGCUGGCCGAGGAGGACGUGCCCCGGCCCCAGCUGGACCUGCAGGCCUCCAAGAAGCUGCCCGAUCUCUACGGCAACCCACCCCGGGAGCUCAUCGGGGAGCCCCUGGAGGACCUGGACCCCUUCUAUAGCACCCAAAAGACCUUCAUCGUGUUGAAUAAAGGCAAGACCAUCUUCCGGUUCAGUGCCACCAACGCCCUGUACGUGCUCAGCCCCUUCCACCCGGUCCGGAGAGCAGCGGUGAAGAUUCUGGUACACUCGCUCUUCAGCAUGCUCAUCAUGUGCACCAUCCUGACCAACUGCGUGUUCAUGGCCCAGCAUGACCCCCCAUACUGGACCAAGUAUGUCGAGUACACAUUCACAGCCAUUUACACAUUCGAGUCUCUGGUCAAGAUCCUGGCCCGAGGCUUCUGCCUGCACGCAUUCACCUUUCUGCGGGACCCGUGGAACUGGCUGGACUUCAGCGUGAUUGUCAUGGCAUACACAACUGAAUUUGUGGACCUGGGCAAUGUCUCAGCCUUACGCACCUUCCGAGUCCUCCGGGCCCUGAAAACUAUAUCAGUCAUCUCAGGCCUGAAGACCAUCGUGGGCGCCCUGAUCCAGUCUGUGAAGAAGCUGGCUGACGUGAUGGUCCUCACGGUCUUUUGCCUCAGCGUCUUCGCCCUCAUUGGCCUGCAGCUCUUCAUGGGCAACCUGAGGCACAAGUGUGUGAGGAACUUCACAGAGCUCAACGGCUCCGUGGAGGCCGACGGGCAGGUCUGGCCGUCGCUGGACAUGUACCUCAACCAUACAGGCAAUUACCUACUGAAGAAUGGGACCACUGAUGUUUUACUGUGCGGGAACAGCUCCGAUGCCGGGACGUGUCCUGAGGGCUACCGGUGCCUGAAGGCAGGCCAGAACCCGGACCAUGGCUAUACCAGCUUCGACUCCUUUGCGUGGGCUUUCCUAGCGCUCUUCCGACUGAUGACGCAAGACUGCUGGGAGCGCCUCUACCAGCAGACCCUACGGUCGGCCGGGAAGAUCUACAUGAUCUUCUUCAUGCUGGUCAUUUUCCUGGGCUCCUUCUACCUGGUGAACCUGAUCCUGGCUGUGGUCGCCAUGGCCUACGAGGAGCAGAACCAGGCCACCAUCGCCGAGACCGAAGAGAAGGAGAAACGCUUCCAGGAGGCCAUGGAAAUGCUCAAGAAAGAGCACGAGGCCCUCACCAUCAGGGGUGUGGACACUGUGUCCCGCAGCUCCUUGGAGAUGUCCCCUUUGGCCCCCGUCACCACGCAGGAGCGAAGGACCAAGUGGAGAAAACGGGCGUCUUCGGGGACAGAGGAGGGCGGGGACGACAGGUUCCCCAAGUCCGACUCAGAGGAUGGCGUCAGAGUCAUGAACCGGUUCAGCAUCAGCUACGGCCUCAGCAGGACCUCCAUGAAGCAGCCAUGCUCCAGCCACGGCAGCAUCUUCACCUUCCGCCGGCGUGACCUAGGCUCCGAGACAGACUUUGCCGAUGACGAAAACAGCACCGCGGGGGACAGCGAGAGCCACCGCGCCUCCCUGCUCCUGCCCUGGCCUCUGCGCCGGCCCAGUGCCCAGGCUCAGCCCGGCCACAUCCUCACCAGCAAGAGGAACAGCACCGUGGACUGCAAUGGGGUGGUCUCCUUGCUGGGGGCAGGCGACCCCGAGGCCACGUCCCCAGGGAGCCACCUGCUCCGGCCUAGGAUGCUGGAGCGGCCCCCGGACACGACCACACCUUCGGAGGAGCCAGGCGGGCCCCAGAUGCUGACCCCCCAGGCCCCGGGCGUGGACGGCUUCGAGGAGCCCGGAGAGCGACAGCGGGCCCUCAGUGCAGUCAGCAUCCUCACCAGUGCGCUGGAAGAGUUGGAGGAGUCCCACCGCAAGUGCCCGCCAUGCUGGAACCGCUUUGCCCAGCGCUACCUGGUCUGGGAGUGCUGCCCACUGUGGAUGUCCAUCAAGCAGGGGGUGAAGUUCAUGGUCAUGGACCCGUUCGCGGACCUCACCAUCACCAUGUGCAUCGUGCUCAACACGCUCUUUAUGGCCUUGGAGCACUACAACAUGACCACGGAGUUCGAGGAAAUGCUGCAGGUCGGGAACCUGGUGUUUACGGGGAUCUUCACGGCAGAGAUGACCUUCAAGAUUAUCGCCUUUGACCCCUACUACUACUUCCAGCAGGGAUGGAACAUCUUCGAUAGCAUCAUCGUCAUCCUUAGCCUCAUGGAACUAGGCCUGUCCCGCAUGGGCAACCUGUCAGUGCUCCGCUCCUUCCGCCUGCUCCGGGUCUUCAAGCUGGCCAAAUCCUGGCCCACCCUGAACACACUCAUCAAAAUCAUCGGCAACUCCGUGGGGGCGCUGGGCAACCUGACCCUGGUGCUGGCGAUCAUUGUGUUCAUCUUCGCCGUGGUCGGCAUGCAGCUCUUCGGCAAGAACUACUCAGAGAUGAGGCACUGCAUCAGCGACUCGGGCCUGCUGCCCCGCUGGCACAUGAUGGACUUCUUCCACGCCUUCCUCAUCAUCUUCCGCAUUCUCUGUGGCGAGUGGAUCGAGACCAUGUGGGACUGCAUGGAGGUGUCUGGGCAGUCCCUGUGCCUGCUGGUUUUCUUGCUUGUCAUGGUCAUCGGUAACCUUGUGGUCCUGAAUCUCUUCCUGGCCUUGCUGCUCAGCUCCUUCAGCGCCGACAACCUCACGGCCCCCGACGAGGACGGCGAGAUGAACAACCUCCAGCUGGCCCUGGCCCGCAUCCAGAGGGGCCUGCGCUUCGUCAAGAGGGCCACCUGGGACUUCUGCUGGGGGCUGCUGAGCCAGCGGCCACAGAAGCCAGCUGUCCUGGCCCCCCGGGCCCGGCUUCCCAGUUGCAUUGCUGCCUCCGGCUCACCCCCACCCCCAGAGGCAGGGAAGGCACCCCCAGCCCGCAAGGAGACACGGUUUGAGGAAGGCAACCGGCCAGGCCAGGGCAGCCCUGGGGACCCAGAGCCCGUGUGUGUCCCCAUCGCUGUGGCUGAGUCGGACACCGAUGACCAAGAGGACGAUGAGGAAAACAGCCUGGGUACAGAGGAGGGGUCCAGCAAGCAGCAGGAAUCCCAGCCUGUGUCGGCCGGCCCAGAGACACCCCCAGAGCCCAGGGCCUGGAGCCAGGUGUCAGAGACCGCCUCCUCUGAGCCCGAGGCCCACGCGGCUCAGGCCGAGGGGCAGCCACAGCGGGAAGCAGAGCCCCCCACCCCAGGGUGCACGGAGCAGACCCAUGAAGACAGUUUCUCAGAGGGCAGCACAGCAGACAUGACCAACACUGCUGACCUCCUGGAGAAGAUCCCCGACCUGGGAGAGGAUGUCAAGGACCCAGAGGAUUGCUUCACUGAAGGCUGUGUCCGGCGCUGUCCCUGCUGUGCAGUGGACACCACACAAACCCCAGGGAAGGUCUGGUGGCGGCUACGAAAGACCUGCUACCGCAUCGUGGAGCACAGCUGGUUCGAGAGCUUCAUCAUCUUCAUGAUCCUGCUCAGCAGCGGAGCGCUGGCCUUUGAGGACAUCUACCUGGAGGAGCGGAAGACCGUCAAGGUGCUGCUGGAGUACGCCGACAAGAUGUUCACCUACAUCUUCGUGCUGGAGAUGCUGCUCAAGUGGGUGGCCUACGGCUUCCAGAAGUACUUCACCAACGCCUGGUGCUGGCUCGACUUCCUCAUCGUGGACGUCUCACUGAUUAGCCUGGUGGCAAACACCCUGGGCUUUGCUGAGAUGGGCCCCAUCAAGUCGCUGCGAACACUACGUGCGCUCCGCCCCCUGCGAGCCUUGUCACGAUUCGAAGGCAUGCGGGUGGUGGUCAACGCCCUGGUGGGUGCCAUUCCCUCCAUCAUGAACGUCCUCCUGGUCUGCCUCAUCUUCUGGCUCAUCUUCAGCAUCAUGGGCGUGAAUCUCUUUGCCGGCAAGUUUGGGAAGUGCAUCAACCAGACUGAGGGAGACCUGCCUCUGAACUACACCUUCGUGAACAACAAGAGCGAGUGUGAGUCCUUCAAUGUGACCGGCGAGCUCUACUGGACCAAAGUGAAAGUCAACUUUGACAAUGUGGGAGCCGGGUACCUGGCCCUUCUGCAGGUGGCAACCUUUAAGGGGUGGAUGGACAUUAUGUAUGCAGCGGUGGACUCCAGAGGGUAUGAAGAGCAGCCCCAGUGGGAGUACAACCUCUAUAUGUAUAUCUACUUUGUCAUCUUCAUCAUCUUCGGAUCGUUCUUCACCCUGAACCUCUUCAUUGGUGUGAUCAUUGACAACUUCAACCAGCAGAAGAAAAAGUUAGGUGGCCAGGACAUCUUCAUGACGGAGGAGCAGAAGAAGUACUACAACGCGAUGAAGAAGUUGGGCUCCAAGAAGCCCCAGAAGCCCAUCCCACGGCCCCUGAACAAGUAUCAAGGCUUCAUAUUCGACAUCGUGACCAAGCAGGCCUUUGACGUCACCAUCAUGUUUCUGAUCUGCCUGAACAUGGUGACCAUGAUGGUGGAGACCGAUGACCAGAGCCCGGAGAAGAUCAACAUCCUGGCCAAGAUCAACCUGCUCUUUGUGGGCAUCUUCACGGGCGAGUGCAUCGUGAAGAUGGCUGCCCUGCGCCACUACUACUUCACCAACAGCUGGAACAUCUUCGACUUUGUGGUUGUCAUCCUCUCCAUCGUGGGCACCGUGCUCUCGGACAUCAUCCAGAAGUACUUCUUCUCACCCACGCUCUUCCGGGUCAUCCGCUUGGCCCGCAUCGGCCGCAUCCUCAGGCUGAUCCGAGCGGCCAAGGGGAUCCGGACGCUGCUCUUCGCCCUCAUGAUGUCCCUGCCGGCGCUCUUCAACAUCGGCCUGCUCCUCUUCCUCGUCAUGUUCAUCUACUCCAUCUUCGGCAUGGCCAACUUCCCCUACGUCAAGUGGGAGGCGGGCAUCGACGACAUGUUCAACUUCCAGACCUUCGCCAACAGCAUGCUGUGCCUCUUCCAGAUCACCACGUCGGCGGGCUGGGACGGCCUGCUCAGCCCCAUCCUCAACACGGGGCCCCCCUACUGCGACCCCAACCUGCCCAACAGCAACGGCUCCCGGGGGAACUGUGGGAGCCCGGCGGUGGGCAUCCUCUUCUUCACCACAUACAUCAUCAUCUCCUUCCUCAUCGUGGUCAACAUGUACAUCGCCAUCAUCCUGGAGAACUUCAGCGUGGCCACGGAGGAGAGCACCGAGCCCCUGAGCGAGGACGACUUCGACAUGUUCUACGAGACCUGGGAGAAGUUCGACCCCGAGGCCACCCAGUUCAUCGAGUACGCGGCCCUCUCCGACUUUGCCGACGCCCUGGCGGAGCCCCUCCGAAUCGCCAAGCCCAACCAGAUCAGCCUCAUCAACAUGGACCUGCCCGUGGUGAGCGGGGACCGAAUCCACUGCAUGGACAUCCUCUUCGCCUUCACCAAGAGGGUCUUGGGGGAGUCCGGGGAGAUGGACGCCCUGAAGAUCCAGAUGGAGGAGAAGUUCAUGGCCGCCAACCCGUCCAAGAUCUCCUACGAGCCCAUCACCACCACCCUGCGGCGCAAGCACGAGGAGGUGUCGGCCACUGUCAUCCAGCGGGCCUUCCGGCGACACCUCCUGCAGCGCUCUGUGAAGCACGCCUCCUUUCUCUUCCGGCAGCAGACGGGCAGCAGCAGCCUCUCGGACGAGGACGCCCCCGAGCGAGAGGGCCUCAUCGCCUACAUGAUGAACGAGAACUUCUCCCGGCGCCGGGACCAACCGUCCAGCUCCUCCGUCUCGUCCACGUCCUCCCCGCCCUCCUACGACAGCGUGACCCGGGCCACCAGCGACAACCUCCAGGUGCGCGCGUCUGACUACAGCCGCAGCGAGGACCUGGCGGACUUCCCCACGUCGCCAGACAGGGACCGAGAGUCCAUCGUGUGAGCCCCGGACCCCUUGGAGACAAACCUGGACGCAGUCACAGGCCAGCGUCCGCGGGGACCCCCCUGCCCCCCGGGCUGAGAGAGGGGGCUCGCCCCGUGGCUUCCCACGGCAGAGCCAGCGAGUGGCCGCAGCGUCCACUGCCUGUGGGGUUGGCAAAGCUGACUGCCCCCCAGGGGCGGGGGUGGGGGUGUCCUGGCCCCGAGCGUCCACACAGACCAGUGGCCUGCCCCCUCUGCCAGCGCCCGGGGGCUCUGACAAGCAGCGAUACCCCAGCUGCCAAGGCCGGACCCCACACUGGGCCUGUUUCUGUCAUGAACGGGCUUUUGUAAAUUUAUUAUAUUUGAUAUUUUUUUACUGGAGCACAGAACUAACUCCUUUUUUUCCGCUCCCAACUACCCUCCCACCCCACCCCACCCCCGUGGACAUGGGCAACAAGUCACACUGCCUCCUGGGUAACCCUGAACACAUGUGUUUCCCGAACUCCCAGAACUCUGCCCUCGGACGCAGGGAAUCUCACAGGCCGUUCACUGCCUGGACGCCCUCACUCACACGCAUGUGCACACUCAUCACACACACACACACACACACACACACACACACACACACACACACACACACACGCCAGGCUAUGCCAGGCAGCCCCCUGUGCCCCUGCCUGAGGCAGACGAGCCCUUCCUCCUGGCCCCAUGGACAGAGUUUUGUCUGUGGGGCCCACACUCACUUGCCAUGGUCCCUGACAUCCUGCUUUUGUCCUGUGAGGUAGACCCUUCUAGAAGAGAAGGGUCCCUGGCCGCACCCAGGCCCUAUGGCCGCCUCCCGCUGAGUGGUACCAUUCAAACCGAAGGGCUCAGGGCUGCAAGGAGGCUCCUCGAUCCUGGGCCCCACCUGGUGGAACCACAUGGCUUGGGGCUGGAAGAAGCAGCUGCUAUCACCCCCAGGCCCUUCUGCCUCUGACCCUGUGGGGAGGGACCUGCAUGGCCCCUGCCCCCUCUAGAGGCAUUAGCAUGGGGAUGGGGCCUUGUCCCUGCCCCGGAAGAUAGGGAACCCUGAGCCCAUUGGGCGAGGCAGCGGUGAGGGCCAGCCCCGCUUCCAUGUCAACCAGGGUCCACAGGCAGGAAGGGGCAGAGUCCCUGCUGCCCAGUAGGUCUUAUGGGAAGGCUUUUUUUUUUUCCCCAGGGAGAAAAAAUACUUUUUCUAGUCUAAUUCCCCGCCUCGGGGCCUCUUCAGCUGCUGACAAUCCUAUUUAGCAUAUGCAAAUCUUCUCAUGUAAAUAACUGUCGCCCUGGGAGAGUGGUGGCAGGGUGGGCUGGUGGCCCCAGCUCUGCAGCAGAGCCCCUUUCCCACGGACGCCCACCGCACAGGCCCCGCCAGCCUCACGUGCCCGCUCCGAGUGGGCAGCCCGGGGGCGCCGGACAUCGGCUCCUCUAACCUACCUCGCCGUCUGCUUGUGAGGCUUGGGGCACUGCUGGAAGGGGCACCGCCGGCGAGCCAAGUAUUAUGUCCCUUCCUGUCCUCCCCAUUCACCUUGGUGCCCCGCCCCGGCCCCACCAUGGCCACCCAGUUCUCCCUCCCUCCCAACCCCCUGCCCCCCAGAGUCCAGCGUGGGACUGCGUUUUAACCAUCCCAGCUCACUCCUGCAAGUGAAGAAAAUCUUAUUUUUAUACAUCUCUGUGCUCAGCUCGGGGGGCCUUGGGGCAGGCUGUGCCCAUCCCCGGCCACACUGGGAGGCAGGCCGGGCUGCAUGUCCUGCUGGCCGGAAGGAGCCUUUGGCUUUGUGUGUGGCCAGCCAGGGAGCCCGCGACAGCAGCUGAUGGACGGUGUGACCGAGGGCAGGGGGCAAGCAGGCCCAACUCCUUAGCUGGAAGCGUGGCUCUCACUUUUUCCCUUUUCUGGGACUGACCACUGAGCAGCAGGA